GCACGGCGAUAGUUACAUCAAAGAUCUCCUUCUGAGCUCCAUGCAAGGAUAGUUAAAAAAAUGAAACAUUUUCUCUUGCGAAUAAAUACUAAUAAAAUAAUACACACCCAUUCACUGCCUCAGGGGGGCCACCGCUCAGCUAUACUGCGGCCUCUCAAGCUCCUGUGCCGGCUUCCUCUGCUCCACUCCACUGCCAUCCGCCGUGACAAGAAAGCAGAGCAGCUGCGGCGCCGGCCGGCCAGCUCCGUCUCCGCGAUUCCUUCCAUGGACGGCCGGGCGGCGGCGAUGGUGCCGCGGGUGGAGGUGCUCGCCGCCGGCCGCGCGCGGCUGGAGGCCGUGAACGCGCUGCAGCACGAGUCCUGGGAGGCCCGCGACGUUCUCCUCCAGUGCCGCCUCCUCAAGGCGGAUGAGAGCAGGAGGAUGUGGGAGGCCAACUGCAUGCCCUCCGGCGAUGACCACCGGAUGUUCGCCGAACCCCUAAAGAGUGAAAAUGAGGAUUUAAAAGAUUUUAUACAAUUCUUGGAGCUGGAGAACGAGGAGCUUAAGAUAAGAGUGAAGGAAGUUGAAGGUGGCGCAGGGCACUGCCUAAACGCCGCAGGCCAUGAGCACAUUGCAGGAGAUCUAGAAGCAGCGCUAAGACGAUUGAACCAAGCUCAUGAGGCACUGAUUGCAGAGAAGGAUGAGGAAUUUUCUGCACUGAUUGCAGAAAAGGAUAAGGAAAUUUCAGCACUGGUUGCAGAGAAGGAUAAGGAAUUUUCUGCACUGAUUGCAGAAAAGGACCUCACGCGAGAGCAGUUUACGACACUGGAGCGGGACUAUGCUGACCUUCGUAGCUACAGCAGUAAACAGGCAGCACAAGUUACUGAAGCAAAGCAAAAGCUUGAGCAGCUGCAAGUGGCAUCCCAAAAGAAGGAUGAUGAGAGUCGCAAACCGCGAGCACGAGCAACAGCAGUUGAAGCCAAAAGGAAGGUGCUUCCUGAGGAUAAGCGACAGGAGAUGACCUGUAUGCCCAAGGAGACAGAUGGGCAAAUUCAAAAAUGCAAAGAUGGGCAGCCUGAGACUAGUGAAAAGUGCAACAAGGAUACGAGUGAGACACACACAAAAAAUUGUUCACAAGGCCCUGCUUUAAGGGGGGAAGAAAUGAAAUUUUGUUCUUCUAAGCAAAUGUAUUCUGAUGGUGUUCUAUUUGGUCCACCUUGCCUUGAAGGCCUGCCCAGCAGUCGACGAACGACAUGCUCCUCAAGAUCCGUGCCGUGAAGGAUAGUUUGAGGGACAAACCUGGCAAGUUUGAGGAGUCGAUGAUAAACGCCGCGAUCCUCUACGUCCAUGCCGUGAAGGAUAGUUUCAGGGACAAACCUGACAAGUUUGGGGAGUUCUUGGCGCUCCUGCGCGGAGUCUAUAGCAAGAGGAUCGAUGCUCGAGCCUUCGCCGGCGCCUUGAAGGUCCUGUUCGACGGGCGCCCUGAACUCAUCCUUCAGUUCAAUGCGUUCAUGACAUCGUAGUUCAAUACCAGACCGAGCUCAGGAAAGACGACAGGGCUGGUUUGGUUUAAUGAAAUGUGGCCAUCGAUCCCGGCUAGCUAGGAGCAGAUGAACUGAUAACUGCUGCCACUUUUUUGUAGACUGAUGAAGUUCCAGUGCUCCAUUUUGCUGGUCUUGCCGUGUGUGAAUUGGUUUCUGGAAGCUGAAGAAGUAACGUGUAAAUUAUCUAUUAGGACUCUCUGCCUAUUUUUCCCUGUUUUUUUUUAACAUAAAAAUGAGGCUGCUUUUGAA